GCUGCCUGAGUGAGCACACAGCUCUCUCUCAUUUGCUGACUCUGUCUCUCACUGACACACACACAGGAAGGUAACCUUUAGAGUCUGUCUUCCUGUCUCACUGGAGAAUAACAACAUGGUGUACAGGCCCUCUACUACUACUCUCUUCUGGAUCCUGUCAACAUUUGUCACAGUGUCACUCAGCAACAUUGUACAAACUGAAAUAUAUGGUAUCAAGGGACAAUCCAUAGACCUGGACUUUUCUGCCUCGUUUUCGGGACUCCAUCAGCCUAAAUUCAGGCUUUUAAAGCAGGAAAAUGGAAAGGGUCCAAUCCUUGUGAGGAACAACAAAGUGUCACCUCAUUAUUCUAAAUUGAGUGAUAAGCUACAGUUCUUUCUGGGAAACUUUUCCAUCCGACUGAAUCACCUCACUGAAAAGGAUGGCGGAGUGUAUAGUGCCUCUAACUGUGAUGAAUGGAGUGAGAAUGUUCUAGCGGCCUACAAGGUGAUAGUAUUGGAUGCUGUAUCAAAACCCCAUGUAAAAGUAGAUCGCAAAGAUCGCAAAGAUCCCCAUGGCAACAGCUCCGGGCAAAACUGCAGCUUUCUUGUAAACUGCUCAUCAUCCUCAUCCUGGAAGUCUUACAACUGCGACAGGGAGGAUUGCACAUUGCAAAGAUCGUCCCCAACCAAGCUGAACAUCACCCUCACCAAUGACAAUGGAUCCAUCAAAUGCAUCGUCAGCAACCAAGCCAGCACCGCCGAAAGUGCAUCUCAUCGGCUUCCCAAGACCUGUAUUGAGGACAACCCUGGGGAAACGACGAUGCAGUCCCCACGCAACGAAGUAGUCAUUAUCAUCGCCAUCGCCAUUGCUGCUGGGCUGCUCCUUGUGUGUGUGACUCUCAUUGUGAUCAAAAGACGUGCUGUAAAAUCUAAAGAAACACCUCAGAAGCAGAUGGAUAUACCGACUGUCAUCGUGACAGGAAGUGAUGCGGAUAACAGGGCCGGGCAGGAAGCCAACUCUGUCUACAGUGUCGUCAACAAAUCAGCCAGAUGCUUUGACGGCAAGGGCAAUUCUUCCCAGAUAUCACAAACCAAUAGAAAUAAGACAUCAAGGUCCACAAGUGCAGAGGUAGAGCACAGGUCGCCACGGCAGCAGAAAACCAAAGGGAAACAGUGCCCCCCAGAGGACAGCAACAGCAACAUGACAAUAUACACCACUGCCACAAAACCCCGGGAGACACAGCGUCCCGCUGUGGACAACAAAGACACGACAAUAUACACCAUGGCAGCGAAACCUCUGGAAGAGCAGCAGCCCUUGAAGGACACGGGGAGUACCAUAUAUGACGCACCCACGGCCAGACCAAGACAGAUCACGUCGCCUUCACCAGACCAGGCCUCAAGCACAAGUACAACACAGACUGCUGCAGCACAGCCUGACUCUGUCUAUUACACAUUGGGACAUAUGGGCACUGGUCUCUGAUUUGGGAUUUAAAAUGUGUUGCAUGUACUGUGCAGCAAAAUGUGUGACAUAUGUGUAAAUUAAUUUAUUGUGCGUAAAUAUUGCAAAAAAGAUCUUUAUAGUUUUUUUAUGUUGGAUAUAUUUAUUGAAUAGGCUACAUGUCUUUGAUA